AUGGCACUUAACACCGAAGCAGACGCAAGGGCCCCGGCCGUGUCCCGCCGCCAGCGGCCGGGUCCCGCGUGUGAUGAGUGCCGACGCCGCAAGCUGCGCUGCGAUGGGCAACAACCCCAAUGCAGGGUCUGUCAAGAAAGAGGCGUGGUAUGUGAGGUGACGCAGCGUGGUGUUCGAGGACCAAAGAAGGGGCACUUGAAGGCCCUGAAGAAUCGGGUCGUGCAUCUGGAAGCUCUGUUAGAGAAUCGUUUUCCGGCUCAGCAGCAACAGCCGCAACAAGAUAUUCAGGACAACACUCAAAGCAGUAAUGAGUUGAUGCCCUCGGCAUCGUCUAUCGAUGUGGCAGAUACUGCUGUGGUUGAUACCUCGGAGCCUUGGUUGCCAAAUGCUACAACAUCCUUCCCAGGUGCCAUUUCGCCUGACUUUUCUUCUUGGUUUUCGGCGACCUUGCCUGUCUCCAGCAUCAAUAUUCCUCCUGAUGCUUUCUUCCAAGAUGAACUAUACCAGCUCUACUUAGACCGAGUACACCAGUCAAUACCUAUCCUUCACCAACGGCGAUACCUAUUAUGGUCCAAGUCCAGCACCAAGACAGCCCAGCAAAGAUGCUUGCAGUAUGCCAUGUGGACAGUGGCAUCAUUACUUUCAGCCCAAUUCCGCGACAUAACAGAACCUCUAUACCAGCAGACAAGGCAGAUGCUAGAGUAUCUUAGUGUCGAUGGCAAUGAGCACAACAACAUUAGCACACAGCUAGCCCAGGCAUGGGUGCUUGUCGUGACAUUUGAGUCAAUGCGGGCCUACCACCGACAGGCGUGGAUGAGCGCUGGCCGGGCUUUUCGUUUGGUUCAGGCCAUGCGCUAUCAUGAAAUCGACAGUCCCAUUGACAAGCGUGGUUUCUCAUCUCCUCAAUGCGGUGACUUGAUUGAGGUCGAAGAGAAGCGGCGAGUGUUCUGGAUGGCCUAUUUCCUCGAUCAUGUCAUUAGCAUGCGCGAUGACUGGCCCAUCACACCGAAUGAGCAUGCGAUCUACACCAGACUACCAGCUCCAGACGCGGAGUUUCAGAGCGGACAGUAUGAGCUAGGACUUUUCCUAUCCGAAGCCAUGGCCGAGCCUACUCUCAACGUCCGGUCUUCAUUCAAUGAGUGCCUCAUCCUGGCUACUAUUUGUGGGCGCAGCCUGCUCCAAAGCCAAAGGUAUCACAUCGCCGAGGCGUACGGCGACAUGACCCUCGACUGGGCAGAGCAGCGCCCAUGGCUAGAUACUCUCCUGACAACCCGGCUUCAGGUGAUGAUGCAAUGCUAUCCAUCCCCAGCCAAAGCAUAUGACCCGUUGCUGCUGUUUGUCCACAUCCUGAGCCAGGCCAGUAUGAUCUACUUCUACAAGACCAUGGCCGAGUCGGCGGCAAGACGCAGCAUCAACACUGUACAGGGAAACAGUGGAGUGUCUUGCUAUAAAAGUCGAGCUCUGGAAGCGUCUGCAACUAUAAUCCGCCUCGCCAUGACGCUGUGCGAGCUGCCUUUUUCCAAGAUCCAUCCGUUAAUGCCCAUUCCAUUAUUUCUCUGCGCUGAGUUCCUUUACGCCAACGUACAUAGCGGUGAGAUAUUCCAAUUGCGUCUCCAGGAGCUAUUGCAUAUCUUUCGCGAACUGAAAAACGUCAAUAAUCACCAGCAGAGCUACUUGGAUCUGUUGCCGCAGUUAUGCAUACCCAAAAGCAAUGAGUUAUUUGGCCAUGGUGUCGCGGGGAGUGAUCUUAACUAG